UUCAGGAAGCUGAACCUUCAUAAGGCUGCGGGUCCGGACAGAGUUUCCCCUGCCAUCCUGAAGCAUCGUGCUGCGGACAUCUUCAAUGCUUCCUUGGUGUCCUGUCAUGUUCCUGCCUGCUUUAAGUCCCAAUGACAUGCAGUUUGCCCACAGAGCCAACAGAUCUGUGGACAAUGCAGUGAACCAGCCCCUUCAUUUCGUUCUGGAGCAUCUGGACUCCCCAGGAACCUAUGCCAGGAUCCAGUUUGUGGACUUCAGCUCUGCUUUCAACACGAUUCUCCCAGCUCUGCUUGAAGACAAGCUCAACGUGCCUGACUCCCUCUGCAGAUGGAUUACAGACUUCCUAACCAGCUGGAAUCAGUGUGUGCGGCUGGGGACGACUGUCUCCUCAGGGCUCCAUGGCUCUUCUCUCUGUACACUAACUGCUGCCGCUCCAGCCACCAGUCCGUGAAGCUGAUCAAGUUUGCGGAUGACACCACCAUCAUCGGGCUCAUCUCAGAUGGAGAUGAGUCGGCUUUCAGGAGGGAGGUGGAGCGGCUGGUGUCCUGGUGCAGCCACAACAACCUGGAGAUCAACGCCCAGAAGACAGCGGAGAUGGUCAUAGACUUCAGGAGAGUCACAGCUCCUCUGUCCCCUCUCAUGUUGGCUGGUUUACCCAUUCCUAUUGUAGACUCCUUCUGCUUCCUAGGAACCACCAUCACUGAGGACCUCAAAUGGGAGCCAACCAUCAGGUCCCUCGUCAGGAAGAGAACGUUCUUCUUGAGGCAGCUACAAAAACUACGACUGCCGACGAAGCUGCUGGUGGAGUUCUACACAGCCAUCAUCCAGUCCAUCUUCACCUCAUCUAUCACCGUCUGGACCCAGAGACGUGCAGGUCGGAUCAGAGCCGACCAUUCUCAUCCUGGUCAUGGACUGUUUGUUCCUCUUCCCAGAACCAGAACCUCCCGUCACAGACCGCACACCUGAAAUGUAACCAGCACCGAGAGAAUCUACCAACUGAACUGAACAGUCUGCCCCCAGACAUGUCCUGCGUGAAAUAUCGCUCCUGCCCAGCAGAUGGCGCCAUACCUAAUCGACUUCCUCACAGUUGUAUCAGGAAAAUGUCAGCGUUCUCAGUGUAUAGCUAAA